CACUGCAGUGUGUCAUGGCGCAGAAGAGGCCGAGCAGAUCCGCGGCAUCAAACUUUGAUUUCAGCUCGAUUUGUAUUUAUUUAAUCCGUUAUUAUUGUUGAGUCCUGGAGAUACGUUGAAGGAAAAUACAGAUGAAAACAUCAUUCUGAGCACAACCACCUGAUACUGAGACUCCCAGAGAGAGAGGAGAGAUGGAAAAACCAGUCCUUCAGACGCAGCCCUCCACCCUACCUUUUUUCGACACAGCCCACGCCUUCAACCUUCUGCGAGGGAUCCAUGAACUUCGCGCAGAACGAAAGUUUUUCGAUGUGACUUUGUGUGCAGAGGGCCGUGAGUUUCACUGUCACCGCACAGUGUUAGCGGCUGCCAGCACCUACUUCAGAGCCAUGUUUGCAGGGACUCUGAGAGAGAGCGCGAUGGACCGCGUGGUUCUACACGAGGUAUCAGCUGAACUCUUAGGUCUGCUUGUGGACUUCUGCUACACAGGACGUGUCACAGUCACUCAGGAUAAUGUGGACGUCCUGCUGAAGACAGCUGAUCUGUUUCAGUUUCCCUCCGUCAAAGAGGCCUGCUGUGCUUUUCUGGAGCAGCGGCUUGAUGUUUCAAACUGCUUAGAGAUCCAGGACUUUGCAGAGGCUUAUGCUUGCAGAGAGUUGGCUGCAAGCGCUCGCCGCUUUGUCCUAAAAAACAUAAUGGAGCUGGCUAAAGGCACAGACUUUGAGCGGUUGUCAUGGAAGCGUCUGCUUGAGUUUGUGUCAGAGGAUGAGCUCUGUGUGGACAAAGAGGAGACAGUUUAUCAGAUCGCUGUGCGCUGGGUCAAAGCAGAUCUUAAGAGAAGGCUGCACUAUUGGCCCGAGCUCCUCCAGCAGGUGAGACUCCCCUUUGUUAGGCGGUUCUUCCUGUUGGCACAUGUGGAAAGUGACCCCCUUGUUUACUUAUCACCCACCUGCCUCCGCAUGGUGAACGAAGCUCGCAGUUUUCAGUCCUGUGAGUACGACCGCCAUGACAGGCCCUGCCACCGCAUGAGGCCGCGACCCUCCACAGGGCUGGCUGAAAUCCUGGUGGUGGUCGGAGGCUGUGAUCAGGAUUGUGAUGAGCUGGUCACUGUGGACUGUUACAACCCUCAGACAGGACAGUGGCGUUACCUGGCUGAGUUUCCUGAUCACCUGGGAGGAGGUUACAGUAUAGCUGCUCUUGGAAAUGACAUGUAUGUCUCAGGUGGCUCUGACGGCUCUCGCCUCUACGACGGCGUGUGGCGUUACAAGUCCAGUGUGAACGAGUGGACAGAGGUGUCGCCCAUGCUGAAGGCACGAGAGUACCACAGCUCCUGCGUCCUCAAAGGUCAGCUGUACGUGGUGGCGACAGACAGCACUGAACGCUACGAUCAAGGUCUGGACUGCUGGGAGGCCUUACCACCCAUGCUGCACCCAAUGGAUAACUGCUCUACCACGACCUGCAGCGGGCGCCUGUACGCCAUCGGCUCUCUGACCGGAAAGGAAACCAUGGCCAUCCAGAGCUAUGACGCAGACACAAACCGCUGGUCUAUGGUGAGCUGUGGCCAGCUGCCGCCCUGGUCGUUUACACCCAAAACCAUAACCCUCAAGAGCCUCAUUUACUUCAUCAGAGAUGACUCAGCCGAGGUGGAUGUUUAUAAUCCUCAGAAGAAUGAGUGGGACAAAAUUAGUCCAAUGACCCAGGUCCACGUUGGAGGCAGUGUGGCGGUACUAGGAGGUAAAUUAUACGUAUCUGGAGGUUACGAUAAUACGUUUGAGCUGUCAGACGUGAUUGAAGCCUUCGACCCAAACACUCGUACAUGGACUGUGGCUGGACACCUCCCUCAGCCGACGUUCUGGCACGGCAGCGUCAGCAUCUUCCGCCAGUUCAUGCCCCUGGUAUCGAGCGCUUUUGAACCGACAGAGAUACCCGAAUCAAACGCCAUCCACCUCCACCGGCACCAACGACACCAAGCGCUUCAAAAUCUGAACAACAAUCUGAACCAGAAUCAAAACCAGGAUGUGAACCCAGCACACUGAACAUCUGGUGACAUUUCCUUUUCAGUCUCAGUUCUCAUUGUACAUGCGUGUUUACCUCAAAGUAAUGCUGAAGUUGUUUAGAAAAGGCUGUACAGAGUCAUCGGAGCUCUUUUAAAUCCAUUUUGCUGUUGAGUUGUCACACUAAUGAUCACUCUGAAGGAAAGGUAGUGGUCAGCCAUGUUUGGACUCGGUCUUCGAUGGAUCGUGUCCCAAGGUUAGGGAAGCAGCGACCUUUUAUGGCUCUUGAUUUAGGGUUGGGAAGUUAACAAAAUGAAAUCAUUAAUCCUCAGAGUCCAGUCAGUCUGGAUCAGAUCUUUUGUCGUUCAUCAGAGUCAUCACAUAAAGUCAGAAAAUGAAAAUCAGUUUAUAAAGCUAAAUCAUAAAGGUAGAUUUCUCUGGCUUUAGCAUAUCUUAAGAACCAUUCACCCCCUCCUUUAACUCUGGGGCCCAGCAAACACUGUAGGAUGGUAUAAAUGUCACGGUGGGAUUUCAGCUUACUCUGAGUAUUUAACGACCAAGCAGAAACAACUGAUGUUAAAAAAUAAUUUUAGGGCUUUUUGCCUUCAUUUGAUAGGACAGUGGAUAGAGUGGGAAACUAUAGAGAUAGUGAGUGGUGACAUGCAGGUCGGACUCAAACCUGGACCACCUGCUUGGAUGGGUACAGCCUCCAUAAUUGGGGUGUGUCCUAAAGACUGGACCAUAGGCAUCCCAUAAAAGUUCAGCUAUGGCAGACAUUCAUCUGACCGGUCAGGAGCAGCUGAGUGCAGCUGUGAUCAGCCCUCCUGCCCCACUGUACACAGGGAACAACAUAUGACUGAAAUGAAAUUCAGUUUAACUUUAAGAUCAGUCAUGUGACUCAGAAACAGGGCCGGAAAUGGACUUCAUACUAACAGUGUGUGCCUAGCCUAGGUUAGUGUAUUGCCAUGGGCCCCAUAGAGGGCAGUGUUGAGUACGAAGCUAAAGCAGCAUGCAGACACUACUCUUUUUUUUUAAAAACAUGUUUACAUUGUUUUGGCAGACUCCUUUAAAUCUGCAUGUGGCUUUGUGUUAAUGAUGGAACUCUGGCUGUAGUGUUUGUCAGAGGACUCAUACUGCCCAAAAUGUUCCUCUUGAACCUUGAACACUGAUGAGUACUGUUGAGCUUUGGAGGGACACCCCUGUUUUAAGGUGAACUGCUGUGGAUUAAUUUUGACCCAAACAACACAGUGCAUUUCUGCAGACAGUAUCUUUGAAGAUGUAAUAUAGUAAAGGGAUGUGGUUUCAGAAAUAGGUGAGCUUUUUUGUGCCUCUGCUGCCAACUCCUCGUAUCAGCUUGAAGCUCAGGCUUAAGGCUACGUUAGCUGCUACUGCCAUAACACUACUAAACCUCUGACUGAACUGUCUGAUGAAGAGUUGAAUUGUGGAUAAUCACACAACAAUGAAAGAAAUAAUAUUUUAAUAUUUCUGUUUAUAGAUCCAACUCCUUCCUGUAAUGUAUGAAGUAAAGUGUAUAUCAGUAAAGGAGUAAACAGUUUGUAGCCCAGAGCAAGAGUACAGCAGAGAAAAACAUAGAUUCCAAGAUGAAGUUCUAAAAUCUAGAGGAUGAAGUCGUAAAAUUAGAAGAUUAAAACAAUUUAAAAAGAGUCAUAUAAUGAUGGGAUUUAAGCUAAUUUAUGAGAUUAAAGGCUUGAUUUUUCAACAUUUAUGUAGUGAAUUGGGCUGCACAGAGUUAGCGCUGUUGCCUCAGAGCAAGAAAGUUCCCAGUUCCUGGUUAAAGCCUUUCUGUGCAGUUUGCAUGUUCUCUACGUCCACGUGUGGGUUCUCUCCGGGUACUCCGGCUUCCUCCCACCAUCAAAGACAUGCUUGUUAGGUUAAUUGGUGACUCUAAAUUGCCCAUAGGUGUGAGUGCGCCUGGUCUGUAUAUGUCAGCUGUGAUUGACCAGCGACCAGGGUGUACCCCACCUCUCACCCAAUGACAGCUCCAGCCCCCCCACGACCCCCAACGGAAUACGUCAUGUAGAAAAUGUCUUUGAUUUAAGAAGUUAAACUCAUAAAUUAAAAAUAUUCAAUUCAUUUAUUUAUGAGAGUAAAGACUUGGCUUUGCAAUAUUAAUGUAAAAUUACAAGAUUAAAGUCAUAGAUUAAUAGUGCUAAAGUUGAACACUCACAAGAAAGAAGUCUCAAAGUUCUGAAGAUAAAGUGGUAAUUUUAAAAGAUUAACAGGGUAAUAAUUCAUGCGAGUCAAGUCAUACAUUCUGUUGUGAAUAAAAUCAUUAUGAUAUAAUAUUAAAGUAAUAUUAAGCAUUUAAAAUUGUGCAUUUACGAUAUAGUGAUAACUACAAGAUUUAAAAAAAAACACGAUUUUAUAAGAAUAAUGUAAAAAGUUAUUAAAGUCUUCAGUGUACAAGUUUGAGGUUGUCCAUUGAUGUGUCUAAAGUUGUAGUUUUAAGUGAGUAUAGCCUUGAAUUUAUGAGGAUAAAAUCAUGAAAAAAGCUGCAAGAAAAGGGGAGUACAAUAACAUUUAUAAGAAUGAAAGUUUAAAUUUGUAAGAAUAAAUUACAAGAAUAAAAUGGUACAUUUGCAGCAUCAAACUAGCAAAUUAUGAAAGUUUAAGUAGAAAAUAAAACAACAUAGUUAUAAUUCAGUAAAAUAAAGUAAUAACUUUACAAGAUUAAUGUGGUAAAUUAACAAGAAUAAAGUCCUUUUUAUGAGAUUAAAGUCUGAAAGUAUGAGACUGAAGUUAGAUUGAUUUCAUUUGUAGUCCGUUCUUAAAGUAUGAGGAUUUUAUCAAUUUCUGUAAACAUUUUCAUAGGCAGUCAUUUUCAUGAACAAGUUAUUGUCAUUCUUACAGAUUAGCCAAAAUGAUUAAUAUGAUGAGUACCUAAUUGUGGGUUACAUCGAAAACAUCAGUGUCUAUGGGAAUUUUAUGAAUCUGGUGGAAUAUGUUCAUAAACCUUUGGCAGCGAGCCUUAGAUAGCAGAAAAUAAAACAAUGUAGUUUUUCUCUACACAUGAUGCUGCUUUUCUGUCAUCACCCCAUCUAAUCAAAGACUAAAAUAUCAGCUGUGUUCUCUUGCAGUAAUAGAAGUAGUUUACUACUUUAAUCUUGUAAAAUUAGGACUUUAAUCUUGGAAUCGUAUUAUUUUAUUCUGCCCUUAAAACCUGUGGUGCAAAGAAAUAAUCAUACACAGUUAAAAUCUGUUUACAUUCCAAAAGCGACAAUCACAACAGAUAACCAGCGUUAAAAAUGCAUUUCUAGGAAGUGCCGAAUGUGGAGGAGAAAGAGCUGAGUAUAUUUUCAGAAUAGUUGCAUGUGAUAUGAACUUUAUCCUCCCUUGCUUGUGAUAAUCAGACAUCUUCAGUGUCACCCUAGACCCAAACAUAAACCAGGCUGCAUUGUUUAUAACCAGCUGAAUAUGCAUGAAGAACUUUAUUUAAGAGAUGUAUUUAAAGAUGUUUGAAUGUUUUUAUGUAUAUUUAUGGAUAUAUAUUUGUGCCGUGGUUGCUUCAGGUGGCCAAGCAGUAAACAAAAUGAGUGAUAUUUGUUCGUUGUUCAGUCAAAACUGGAAAUGCAAAAACAUCUCUGUCUGUAAAAAUGUUUUUCAUUUAAUGUUAAUUUUUUUGUUGUUAUGCAUUGAUGUUUUUUGGUUUUCUUACAAGCGUUUGUUGUUGAAUCAUUUUUGUUACUACAGUUGAUUCUUAGCCGUGCAUACUGUGUGUACAAUGUUGUACAAUGUUUACAGCGUGGGUAUCUUUAAAUUAAACUGCAGGCAGAUCUGAGACGUUAUUCUGCUGAGUCACAUUUGAUGAGCUGUUAUCAUGUUGCUAAUGUGUUUCUCAUACAUAUUAGACUGUUGUUGCAGCAGAGUGUGAAGUUAUUUUUAUAAGUAGCAUGUUAAGAUGAUGCGUUCACUUAUAAAGCUUUAUCUUUAACAUAAAAUAUCAGCCUGUGUGGUGUUUUAUUUCAAAGGAAGGAUGGCUGUAAACACAUUUUAAAGGUGAGCUGUGGAGAUUUAUGGCUCAGCGCUGGCAAAGCCCAGUCCGAAGAUGUCUCAGUCCUUUUUUUUUUUCUUUCAAAGUUUUCUCACCAAUCCAAUUGAGGUUCUGUCCAAAACUACCAUUGGUAGCAGGGUUUGUGUCCUUGGGCUUCAGUAUGAAGCAGCAGUGACCUCUCUAGUCCACUCAGGUGUUUCUGUUUAUCAACAUAGUGGGAGAGUAACUGUGUGCAAGUGUGUAAGCAUGCCAAAAGUCCAGAUAGCAUCAUCAACUUUGACACAAGUUUCAUCAAUGCUAUUGCAAUGUAAUCAAAAGCAAUAACAUAAAGGAGAAAAUCAGUGUAGAGUGUGAUGCCAAAACUCAUUUUACCCUUUUGACACAUUAAUGCCAUUAACUGAGUUGCUACAAAUCUUCACCCUAGAGUUUCAAAAUGUGUAUUUUCAGUGACCUAAAAAUGCUGUUUGUGAGUAUACAAAAGGCCAAAACACAAAGAGAAAGCUGUUUUCAAAAAAACUCAAGUAUGGGCCAAUCCCAUUUCUAUCCUUAACCCGUCCCCUUCGCCUACCCCUUCCCUUUGAAACAGAGUGGUGAGAGGCAGGGGUGAAAACCUCUUAAGAAAUGACUUGAUUGCUGUUCCUCAUCACACAUUGCCAAUAAACAGCUUCAUCAU